AUGGUGUUUUGCGCCUACUGUGGGAAGUCCUUCACCAGGAAGGAACACCUGGAGAGACAUAUUCCUAGUCACACCAAUGUCAAGCCCCAUCGUUGCAGUGCUUGCCAGCUUUCCUUCGCUAGACGAGAUCUUCUCCAGAGACACCACUCAACAUACCAUGAGGCACGAGACCCAAUGGAGCCGCUGCCCGGUGGUGUUCCCACCGUGGCCGGCCGAACGCCAAUUGCUUGCCAGAACUGCGCCAAUGCAAAGACCGGCUGCGAUAAGAGAGUGCCGUGCUCGAGAUGCGCCGAGAAGAACCUUCCUUGCGCGGCGAGGUUCGCUAGGAGAUCAUCCAAAGCUGCCGUCAGAGCGGCCCAAGCCAGCGCUGCAUUCCAACAACAGAUGAUGCCCACUGCUCCCCAACCACCACCACCACAAGCACAACCGGUCGCCUUCAUGGACCUGGAUCCGACAUUGCCCAAGCAGGACUCUCCGGGCAAGAUGUCGACAGGAUCGCCACUCGCUACCAUGGACCCCCGCAUGGUCGACGCGUCGAUGAAGAAGAGCUCACCAGCUCAGUCUCACAGCAGCCCCAACGAGUUCUCUUCGCCGCACAGCCGGAUCGAGGGACUCGACGAGUUCAUGCAACUCAACAACGAUUUCAUCACACCAGACACCAAUUACCAGGACAUGAUGGUAUGGCCUGAGUACCCUCUGGAGCUCGACAUGUAUUCAAAUCAGAUGCCUGUCUCGCGUCCUGACAUGCCGAUGCCGAGUUUCACUGAGUUGAGCGACAUGUCAUCAACCUCUGCUUCAGAGCCCAUGACUGCCUCCUCAUCACGCGGAUCGAUCCACACCAGAAGCACGAGCAUAAUGUCCACUGCUGAUUUCGACACGACCCUGAAGCCGGCAGAACCUGCCAUGGGUAUGAUGAACGAUUCGAUGAUUCCCGAAUUUGAAGUCGUCAUUGCUGCCGAGGACUCGUGGCCGCUAGCUCGCUGCAAUCCCCCGAUCUACUCGGGUACCUGCCCAAGAACCGCGAUCGUACACCUGGAGUGCCUCGAGCGGAAGUCGAAGGAAGACGGUACCUGGAGCUCGCUGGAAAAGUACCUCGAGAACGUCGAUUGGGAUGCUUCCGACGCGUCUGUCGUUCCUCUCACCUCCCGCACACGCGACCGGAUGCUGGCCAUCACGCAGUCGUUCCUCCAAAAGGCGCUCGAAAUCCAUCGCAGCGGCCUGAACAACGGAUACUCCAAGACUGGUUACGCGACUCCUAGCGAGUUCAACUUCAUCGUGUUGCCUCCCACCAAGAUCCUCGAGUAUUUCCUUCGCAGCUACGUUCGCAGCUUGCAUUACUACUACCCCCUCAUCGUCGCCGGAUGUGUCGACCCCAACGAGAUGCUCCUGAACAACCAGGCAUCGACUCUCCUUGUUCUUCUGAUGAUCGCCCAGGGCGCUUCGCACGUGCCGAUGGCCGAGGCCAGGUAUCUCGCCGCCGGUCUCACGGAAACAUGCCGUAUCUCGCUUUUCGACAUCAUCGAGAAGGACGUUGAGUUGUCUGCCGACCCGGUCGCGCUUCGAUGCGCCCUGCUCUUCACAUUGCUUGGUGCUUGGAGUGGUGACAAGUGGUUGAUGGACAUCGCAAUGGGACAGAGGGGGAUGUACCUAUCGAUGCUCAGGCACGCGGGCAUGUUGGAGCCUCAGCCUUCGAUGAUUCCGACGCUGAACAGUACAACGAGCACGGAGCUUCAAUGGAGGGCAUGGUUGCAUCGCGAGAUGCAAAACAGGCUCGUGUACAACUGGGUCAUGGGUGACCAAGAGCUCAGCCUGUUCCAUGACACGCCGCCGCAAUUGGCCAUCACGGACCUCCAAUGCCCUCUGCCCAGCCCUGAGGUUCUUUGGCUGGCAUCUAACUCGGAGCAAUGGCUCGCGAACGUGCAGAACAUCUAUGGAUGCACUGCCAACGUCAACCCGCAACUUCUUUCCAGCCCAUCUCUCACUCCCUCUCUCUGCGAGCUCUUCCAGGACUUCAUCCACGACAACCUUUCCCGUCGCCAUGGUAGCCUGUCACCUCAACAACUCCGCCUCCUCCUUCACCCUCUCCAGGCCCUUCUUUGCCACCUGAGGCAGAUGCUUUCUUGCUUCUCUGACGUUAUGUCCACCCGCCGGGCGACUUCCCGCACAGUUACUAAGGCGAGCACGAUGCUUCGCCUCGAAGAGGUCCAAGCCCUUUUGCAGAAGUGGUAUGAGCUCACAAUGUCACUGUCAAAGAACAACCCCGACUGUGGCACUACACGCUGCAACUUGGUCCUGUACCAUCUCAUCUCCCUCAACGCUGUCACCAACUUCCCUGAGAUCGAGCGCCUUGCUCGGCGUGACGGGUUUGACGGCUCUUACUGGGAGCUCAGCUUGCGCCACAAGCGUUGCGUGUACAACCGCGAGGAAGCCAUCUUCCAUUGCGGCCAAGUUCUUCGUCUCCUUCGCUCGAUGCCCGCCGACCGUCGUCCGUGCUGGUGGCCUGCAGGUGUCUACCGUGCUACUCUCAUUCUCUGGGCCGACAGCAUCGCACGUCUCGACCCGAACUUCCAGAAGGCGCAACAGGCCUCGCAACAGUCACAGGCGUCCUCUUCACCCGCCUCACAACACCACGCUCAGAGCCCUGAGCACAUGAGCGGCGCUGGCGCCUCAAACGCUGCGACAAGUGCACACUCUCACGGCAGUGGCAACAUCGUCGCCAUCGACCAAGUUACUCCCGAGGACCCGGCCGUUAUCUCCUACCUCUGGAGCGGGGGCGACGGUGUUGCGGUUCUCACUCGCCGCGACGGCACCACCCUGGGCCUGGACAAGCCCUCCGAGGUCAUUGGGUACGGUAUCAUGGCCAUCGAAGAGGGUGUCACCUGCCGGAUUGGCGAUGGCAUCAAGCGCAAGCUCAUCACGCUCAACAACAACUGGAACGUCACAGACCUCAGCGGUACUGCGACGGCUUAG